AGAGAGAGAGAGAGAGAGAGAGAGAGAGAGAGAGAAGCAGAAGCAGAAGCAGAAGCAGAAGCAGGAGAGAGACAUUAAAAGUAACAUACGCCACAGUCUGUGAAGGCUGCAACACAACGUACUUCGAUGCUUUCAAGACAACAACUGCUUAUGUGGAAACGUUCCCUGGAGACACGGUGUUGCACAGGGACCAGGGAGGGAACGCAGGCCUCACAGCUUUGUUGACAGGAUGGUUUUUCAUCUGAAAAGCAGGGUUUGGUGACCUCUGAAGCGAUGGAGGACAAAACACAAGGUUGUCCGGUGACGGAGGAGAGUGAGGUGGACGUCCAGAUCAGACAAUCCAAACCUCAACCUCAAGCAAACAACAACAGACCCAGCUGGUCAAACGGCCAGUGUGUUCUGUCGAUGUCGAGCUGCUCAACGUUAAACCCCAGUUUUGAUCUGUCUCAGUGUCGCGCCAAACUGGAGAACAAUGGCUUCCAGAUUCCAUUCACUGACAUGGAAGAUCCACUGAGAACAGCUCUGGAGGUUCCCUCAGUCAGGAGAUACAUGGUUUUUAACUCUGCUUACUUUCAUUUCAUGAUGGCACCGGUGCUGUAUGUUGUGGUGUGGUGCGCCAUGUUCUCCACCCUCCACCUCUACAUCACAGUCAGCGACUACUGGGUUCUCUGUCUCUGUGUCAGCUUGGUCGCCAUCUUCCUCACCACUGCCAUCAUCUUCAUCCUGCACCAGAGUAACAAGGAGAUCGACAUGAAUUUAGAUGUGCGGUUAAUCCAGGUGAAUGAGAGGAUGGUGAAACACAAGCUGCUGGUGGCCGUGGCCGACUGGGUCCAGAGCUGCACCGGAAACAUGCAGUUGUACUUUGUGUACUGGGACAUGACCCGCUGCCUGAGGGCCCUGACCGAGGCUUUAGAGGACCACAGCUUUGUGGCGAAUAACAUCCAGAAAAAACUGAAGAAGAAGAUGUCCCAUCUCGUCCUCGUGACUGAGGUCCCAGCUGUUGACCUGGAGGUCGGCGGCUCAGACGUGGAGCAGCAGGCCUCAGAGGAACAGAGGCCUCUGCUCACGCAUGGCGACCAGGACGCGGGCUGCAGUACCUCAUCCAACCAGCGGGACGCCACCAAAGUCACCACCAACUACAGCCUCAUCCCCGACCCAUCGUUACCUGCUCAGGCUAAAGCCAACCAGCUUCUGAUGACUUACAGCGCAGCCUAUGUGAAGCUGCUGGUGUCUGAGAGGUUGUCGGGACCGUCACACCACCGCCUGCGCUCCCAGAGGAAUCACUGCACCCUCGCCCCUCUCUGCCUCUGCCAGUUCAUCAAGAAGAAGAUCCUUCAGUAGCAGAGCUGACCUCAAACCACACACCAAAGACUCUUGAACUGAUAAACUGACAUCUCUCCCGGAGCAAACGUGGCUUAAAGAAACUUUGCACUCGUGAUUUCUCUCUUCUAAAGUCUUGCUUCUCUGGCCUGUGGGCUACUGUGCCUGUGCCGCUGUCUUCACGCCAGCUCUGUGUUUGCACCACCUGGAUAUUUGUCCAUUUGCAACCUGCCAAAUGGCGUCACACUGAGAACACAUGCAGGUCAAUCCAGCUGCUGUAAAGCAAUAUUUGUACUCUUGUAUACACAACAAUCGAGGCACAGGGUACUUCUGUUUAAAUCACUUCCAUAAACAAUUAAUAGAUUGUUGUGAUUUGCAGUAGAUUCUACAGUAUCGGGGCAGUGGUAGAAUAAAACUUUUAAGCAUAAACUGUGCAUAAAGAUGGAGAACAUGACUCUUUAUUUUUGGACAGUAGGAGGAAGUGGAGGUGGAGACGCGUCGUCCAUCUUUACUUACAGGCUAUGCUCGUUUGUACUUUAUACUUCUAUCAUUCCCUCUAAAAUGCUGUAAAGUAGAUGUACCUACAAAUUGUACUUAAAUGCAGUAGUUGGGUGGAUGUACUUAAUUUCACUUCACCUCCACGGUGUGAAUGUAAGAUUUGUGAUUUAGACUCAAUGGAAGCAUGAAGGGAAAUAAAGGAGAUCCCCUCGAUGCAGAUGUGUAAUGAUGCUGAAACAAGAGGUAACGUGGAUCAUUGGCUUUAGUUUCCUGCCUCCAUGACCUCAAAUCCCAGGGAAUCAUCUGCGUUUAAGGUUUCACACCUUUGGUUUUCACGUGUGCAGGUUAAUUGGUUACCCAUGCAUUAGAGUUUGCAAAAGGCCGGAUAUGUAUUUUCCCAGCGAUCAUCCAUCAGUCCUGACGGUGCGGCCGAGACGACGGCCCAGUGAGGGAGCCGCAGGACGACGCAAACACACACAGCGAGACAGCCAGCGUGGCCGAACCACGGGGAAGCUGGGCACGGUGUGAUGGAGGAGAGAGGCGUGCAGCGUGAGGCCAAGUUCAAUGAUCUGAGAGACGCUUCCUCUCCUUGGGAGGCUAAAUGGCCAUCUGUGAUCCUGCUCACUCAGACUGGCUCCGCUCCCACCUUCAGGUUCUCCAUCCAACCUGCUCUCCGUUGGCCCGACUGUCUGGGUCCAUACUUCACCUGGUGACAUUUAAAAGUGGCUGUAAGGAAAAAAAAUUUUAAUAAAAAAAACUACAAUAUC